AUGGUCCACGCAGACGCGUCAAAUUUUGCCCAAGGCGUCACAAAGGCAGAGGCCUAUGAGCAGGUGCUCGCUCAGGCCGAAGGUCUACUUUAUGAACAGAGAAACUGGGUCUGCAACACGGCAAAUGUCGCUUCGUUGCUGUGGCAUGCCUAUAAGUCGUUGCCAGCUCCGAGCAACCAAGUAAACUGGGCAGGCUUCUACACACUAGACCCGAAGGCCAGCCCCAAGCAGCAACUCAUCCUGGGUCCCUUCCAAGGAAAAGUCGCUUGCCAGAGCAUUGCCUUUGGCCGAGGGGUAUGUGGCGCUGCUGCCUCGAGCCAGACAACCCAACUUGUCGCAGAUGUAGAUCAGUUCCCUGGCCAUAUUGCUUGUGACGGUGACAGCAGGAGCGAAGUCGUCGUCCCGAUCACGGUUCAGGAAGGGGCAAUUUCCAAGCUGGUCGCCAUCAUCGACGUAGACUGCGCAGAGCUUAACGGGUUCGACGAAGUUGACAAGAAGUACCUGGAACGACUAGCAGAGCUCGUAGGAAAGGGCUGCGACUGGUGA